GAAAUAGAGAGAAGAUAUUUGUUUGCUUGAUUCCACAUGACAACUCCAGGGUAACUGAAUAGACUGUACGGUUGGUUUGACAAGGCAGCACUCUGAGCCAGCAGCCUCACAUACCAGAGGCAGGGGGGUUGGCCGGGGGACUCUGACAAUUGUAAUGGAUUUUAUCCGAAUUUCUCCAAAGGCUGACUGUUUUGUCUUCAAUUAUUAAUACUUUUCAGAGGGGUUUCUCUUCUGUCCCCUUUUCUGUGAGAUGUCGGAUUUUUGCAACAAACAGGCCGUGCCGCACCUCCGCCUCAAGUCUCGAAAUACCACCACUUGCUAGCUUGAAAAAAAAAAACCCCAAAACGAAAAGUCCCACCUGUGAAUGCUGUGGUGGAGUCAUGAGCAGGUUAUGGUGGAAGAGGUCUCCAAAUAUGAAAAAGUGUUCCCUUAAAUAGAAAAGGAACACCUUUUUGAUUUUGGAUUUGUGUGUCACUAACCUUGACUAAAAGCACACUGGUAUGCUGAAAUCCUUUUCCGGUUGGCAGAACAUUCAAUUAUGCAUCGUCUCUUUGGGCUUGUUUUGGGACAAAAGGACCUUUCGCGUGCAGGGGACCUCUUCUCCUUAGACGAUUCUGAAAUAGAAGGAUGUUUGUCUGAAGCUCUUGAGCAAAUAAAAGUCAUUAGUUCAUCUCCCGACUAUCAGACCAAUGACAAUGACCAGGCUGUGGUGGAGAUCUGCAUAACACGGAUUACCACAGCCAUUAGAGAGACAGAGUCCAUAGAGAAACAUGGAAAAGCUCUUAUUGCUCUUUGGGAGUCAUGCUUAGAGCACAAUCUGAAACCUUCAGGAAAAGAUGAAGACACACCCCAUGCAAAGAUUGCAUCUGAUAUAAUGAGCUGCAUUUUGCAGAAUUAUAAUCGUCCUCCCAUCAUGGCAUUGGCUGUUCCAGUGGCAGUGAAAUUUCUCCAGAGGGGUAACAAAGAACUGUGUAGGAACAUGUCCAGUUACCUUUCCCUUGCUGCAAUAAGUAAAGUGGAUCUCCUGGCUGAACACACAGAAACUAUAGUAAAAAGUGUCUUGCAAGGGAAUUCCAUGUUGUUACGGGUAUUACCCUCUUUGUAUGAAAAACAGUCUCAUACAAUUAACAGUCAUCUGAAGGAACUUGUAGCACUGAUGUCGUAUCUAGAACAGCCUGAACAGCAUCACCUUUUACGACUUUUGCUGACAGUUGCAAAGAAAAAGCAGCCAGAGGUACUUAAAGAAUGCAUUCCUUCUCUAAUCAGUCACCUAAGAGAUCCCCAUCACAAUGACCUCAUCCUAAAUAUACUGAUAGAAAUAUCAGACUAUGAACCAGAAGUAUUGGCUGAUUUGCUUCCUGUAUUGAAAGAGAUUGGAGACAGUUUUCCAAAUCUAAUUGGACAAACAGCAAAGAUCUAUGGAGCUGUUGGACAUGUUGACGAGGAAAGAGCCCGAAUCUGCCUGAUCUACUUGGUUAAUCAACUGGCCAACAUGGAACAUUCAUUCCACCAUAUUCUUUUGUUGGAGAUUAAGCACAUCACAGAUACAUUUGCCAAUAUCUUGGGCAUCCAGAGCAGAGACAUUUAUCGCAUGAGCAACAGUUUCACUGCCAUAGCAAAGCUUCUCAUCCGACAGCUGGAAAAUGAAACUGCUUCUGAGAGCAGGGUAGAAGAUGUUGUUGAAACAGAAUCUCCUUCACAGCUGGAUGAUUUAAAAUCAAUUAUGAGUGGGAAUGAAGAGGAUGAAAAGCUUCAAGUCAAAAUACAAGCUUUUGAAGAGAAAAUAAACACUGAGAACAGCACUCCUGGCUCUGUGCGCAGGUAUAGUUUAGGCCAGGUUUCUAAAGAAGAAAGAAAGGACAUCAGGUUUAACAGGUCCAAAAGUCUAGCUUUGCAUGCUAUUCGUAUGAAGGGUGUUCAUUCGGACAACGGACAAGAGAUGGAGAAUGGAGAUGUUACAGCCGGCAUCUCUUUCACAGAUAUCUAUAUGAGCCAAGAAGCCGACAAAUUGCCUUCCAGCCCAGACACUGAAGAGUCACAGCUGGAACAAUCCUCGCUUUCACACCCAAGUAUCAAAUGUACAGAACCAGAGAAUCUGCCAGAACCUGUUAAAGAAAAUGGCCAUGAAGGGAGCCCGAAGACAAUAAAGAAUGCUGUGGAGUAUCAAGAUAAGCUUUACUUUCACUUAAAGGAAAAUCUGUCCAAAGUGAAAGCAUAUGUGAUGGAGAUGGGGAAGAGAAUUCCUCUCCCAGAUGAAUGUAUUAUAGAAGAUACUGUGAAAAGUUGUGUAGCAAAGCUGUUCUUCAGUUGUCCCUUGAAAGGGCAUUACUGCCUGUACAGUAAAUCCAGUUUCACACUCAUCAGCCGACAACCUCAGCUUUGGAUCCAUAUCAUGUUCCUCUUUCAUCAGAGCUUAUUCCCAGAACCUUUAUCCAUGCAAAAUAAUUCUGUGCACAGCCUAAAAACCUUAUGGGAGAAAACCCAGCUGAAAGGAACUCACAGUUUUGAAACUGCAAUGGUUCAAUCUACAUUUCCACACCAAAAGGACUUGGACCAUGUACAGAUACACCUGGAAGAAGUGAGGUUCUUUGAUUUAUUCGGUUACAGCGAGGAAGCAGGGGCCUGGCAAUGUUUCAUGUGCAAUAAUCCUGAAAAGGCAACAGUUGUGAAUCAAGAUGGCCAACCAUUGAUUGAAGGCAAGUUGAAAGAAAAGCAAAUCCGAUGGAAGUUCAUCAAAAGGUGGAAGACACGGUAUUUCACUCUCGCAGGCAACCAACUUCUCUUUCGCAAAGGAAAGUCUAAAGAUGACCCAGAUGACUGUCCCAUUGAGCUGAGCAAGGUCCAGAGUGUCAAAGUAGUGACCAAGAAGCGCAGAGAUCGCAGCCUUCCUCGGGCCUUUGAAAUCUUCACAGACAGCAAAACUUAUGUUUUCAAGGCCAAGGAUGAAAAGAACGCUGAGGAAUGGCUCCAGUGCAUUAAUGUAGCAGUUGCACAAGCAAAAGAAAGAGAAAGCAGGGAGGCAACCACAUACUUGUAAGAACUGUAAGCAUGGUUGUGUUGCCUUUUGCCCUGUGGUGCAACUGGUCUUCAUGAAGCCAUUUCCCAGGAAGGAUCCAUUGCAUCCCUUCCCAUGGUCCUUUGAGCUACUACAUAGGGAAAAAACUACUUCUUACCUGAAAGGACAGAUAAAGAAAGCAUGGAUUUCCUGACUACGGUUCUUCUUGGGAGAAUGAAAAAAGUGGAGCAUGCACUUCUGUUUCUAAAGUAUGACUGGAUAAUACAUGCAAUUGUGCCUAAUACGGUGUUUGACUUAUAGUUUAUGUAGUGUGUGAUACAAAUGUGUCCCUUUGUGUGAACCUGAGGGCUAUUUUGGCUGGGACUAAGCCAUUUAGUUAUUAUCAUCUUUACUGGUAAAAGACCUGCUAUGUGGAAAGCCAAGUGGUCAUAACCAGAAAUAUCAUGAGAUGAAUUAUAAUUGUAAGCACAACUGCCAUUGGAACUUCCUAUCUUUUUUGGAGAGGAACAAGGAACUAUCAGUUUCUCUUAAUAUAUUGCCUUUUAAUUCACACUGCCUUUUGGUGUAUUUUGAAUGGCUUUGUACAUUGGUGUUAACUGCCAACAAGUUGAUUUCAACUUAGAGCAACUUCAUGAAGUUGAACUCUGGUCACCCUUUCUUCAACAGCCCUGCUCUGGUUUUAUAGACUCAGAGCUGUUGCUUACCUGAUUGAAAGUAGCUCUCUGAAAUGUGGUCUUCCUCUUUUCCUACUGCCUUCUAAAUUCCUAAACAUUAUGGUCUUUUCUAGAGAGUCAUGUGUAUGUAGCUGCAAAUGAAAUAUUGGGAUUCAGUCUGUUCUUAUGAAAGUGGUAUAAUUUAACUGUUUAGAUUAUUUCUAUGUUUCAUUUUACAAAAACACUGGAGGUGAGACUGGAAUUUCUGGACAUUUCUCUUUCCUCUGUGAUGUAGAGCAUGCAAGAUAUCCCACCCCAGAUAUUAUGAUGACUCCAGCUAAGCUUAGAGAGAACAAAGAAGCCUAAAAUAAGGUCCUUCAUUCCUAAUCAUUGAGAAGUUUUAGCACGUUAACUGUACACUGUUGGGCAUUGCAGAUAAUCAUCCAUUUUAUGUACUGGACUCACAAAAAACUCAUACAUGAAAUCUGACAAAAGCGGUAUAUGAAUUGAAACUAGAUAAAGCAUUGGUCUUGCUCCUAAAAAUCACAGCUGCAGUCUGGCUCUAGAUAUGUCUGUUUCAGUAUUCAGAACAUGCCCAAACAUAUCAACUGUGGCCAGUGAUAAAUCAUGAUGCAGAGGCACUCACCACAGUUGUUGUUCUGUACCUUCAGGUAAUCUAUGACUUAUGAUGACCCUCAGGUAUAUGUAUCACAGGGUUUUCUGGGGCUGAGUAUGUGUGACUCACUCAAUGUAACUCAGUGGGUUUCCAUGGCAGAAGACGACAUCAUCAUACGGGGCUAAAAUCGGCUGCAUACACCGAUCUAGCCCUGGGCACCCAUGGAGCCAACCAGCUCUCAUCAGACGAUGUUUUGCCGGCUCCAUGGACAAAGGAGGGUAGAACCAGCAUGCUGCCACCAUGACAACAUGGGAGGCCAUUAACUCUAUGAGAGAAGCCACACACACUCCACGCAUGCUCACACUUAUGCUUCUCCCCAUGUUAUUGCCCUCCCAUGGAUCCAGAUGAUGCGAGGGAGGCUGGAUGGGAUGCCAGAUUCCCCACAUUCUACGGUGAAGCAAGUGCCACCACCCCCUUCCACUGGCCAUCUGAUGAGGAAGUAAGUGGGAAAUCAAACCCUGGUCUCCAAAGUCAGUCUAACGCUGAAAUCACUAUACAACAUUAGAUCUUACUCAUCACACUCCCAACAGCUAAAGGCCAAAAAUGACAAUAGGCCUAGCUGGCUGGGGUUUCUGGGAGUUGAGGUCCCAAAACACCUGGAGGUCCAAAGAUUGUGAACCACUGGCCUAAAGCAGUGCCCCUCAUACCUGACCAUUGAAAAAGUCUUAGCACUUAGACUGUAUGAGCCCCAAAUCCAUUACACCUCUAACUUGGUCUGACUUUGCAGAUAAUAAUAUGUUUUAUGAACCCAGCCUCUGCUAAAAUGCAUGAGCUUAGAAAUAUUAUGUUUAAUUUAUCUGGCAUUUCAUUAAGAAAGUUCAAUGAUAACACCACAAGGAGAAUUCCCAAGACAUAAAACUCUCUUAUCCCUGCAUCAUGAUUGUGAUGUGGUCUGCAAGUUAAUGGUCAGGCGUUUUUGCUCAGAAGCCUGACAAAAUUGCCAAAAUGUUGAUGCUUUAAAGACUUCAAAAACGUUUUUUUACACAAGGUUGGUUUCAGGCUGGAUUUUUGUUUGUGUGCUUUCCCUAUGUGCUACACAUCCUCUAUUAUUACUAUGUUAAUUAAUUGCAUUCUCAGCUCUAUUAUAUUUACAUUUUAAACCCUUUAGUCCCUAUUCCCUAUUAGAACAGAGUUGGAAUAGGCAUUAAUGCAUUUGCUCAAAGUUGGCCUCUCAUAACUUUGUUUUUUCUACCUCCUUUGUUGCUAUUGUCAUUAUUCUGAUUUAGCUUGCAAACUGUAGACUUCUGACCUGUUUCCUCGUGUGAUUUCUAAAGCACCAUAUGUAAAAAAAAAUGAUGAUUAUGACAAUUUUUGUAGUAUAAGGAAAUUAAGUUAAGUUUUAUGAAUAAUAAAAUAGACAUCUGCUUUCAAGGAGCUAAUGAUGUACACAGUAUAUGGGUGUAUGGCUCAAAGGAGAAGGUAGGACCAGGAAGAGACAAAUAGGAGAAGGAUUCAAUCUCAAAGGUGAACAAAAAUAUAUUUUGUUGCACCUUUACAAUGCUGAAUAAUUGUUCCUAUUGUCCUACAAUAUUGUCAGAGCUUGCAAUUAAUUUAAGUAAUGUUUUGUAAAUAACAUCACUUGAAACACGAUUUUUUGAAUAAUUAGGGGCAUAAUGUGUCCUGUUUAGAAAAUUAUGUAGUAAAAAAUAACCUUUCGUUCUUUUUGUAAUGGAAUGAAUAUUUAUUUCCUCAUUAUCUCAUUAUUUCAGCGAGAACCUUUGGAGAGACAUUUUGAAUGAUUUGCAUCCUUACCUCAUCCCCUCACAAUUUAAAAUAUCCCUUUCCCUUCCUUAUAGAUAAAUAACAUAGAAUCAUAGAGUUGAAGGAAGCCUCAUUGCAUUGGUGCAACCUCUUGCUCAGUGCAAGAUCUCCAGCUAAAACAUCCCCAACAGGUAUUUGUCUGGCUCAGUGGUUCUCAACCUGGGGUCCCCAGAUGUUUUUUGCCUUCAACUCCCAGAAAUCCUAACAGCUGGUAAACUGGCUGGGAUUUCUGGGAGUUGUAGGCCAAAAACAUCUGGGGACCCCAGGUUGAGAACCACUGGACUAGCUGCUUUUAGAAGACUGGGGUGCUGAACAAUGGCUUCAAACUACAGGAAAGAAGGUUCCACCUGAACAUGCAGAAGUACUUCCUAACUGUGAGAGUGUUCAGCAAUGGAACUCUCUGCCUCGGAGUGUGGUGGAGGCUCCUUCUUUGGAGGCUUUUGAACAGAAGCUGGAUGGUCAUCUGUCAUGGGUGCUUUGAAUGUGGUUUUCCUUCUUCUUGGCAGGGGGUUGGACUGGAUGGCCCAAGAGGUCUCUUCCAACUCUAUGAUUCUAUGAUUGUACAUCAAGUGAAGGAGAAACCGCCACUGCUCCAGGCAACUGGUUCCAUUGCCAAACCACUUUUACUGUCAAAGUAUUUCUUCUAAUAUUCAAUUGAAACCUAGCCUUCUGUAACUUCAGACCAUUAGACCUGCUCCAACCCUUUGGGGCAGAGGAGAACACAUGGGAUGGGAUAAGUAAAACAACCAGCAAUGAUAUACUUGCAUGAGCUUCAGUGUGAGAUACUUAGCAAUUACAUCAACAUUUUAUGUGUUCAUUGUACUUCUUUCUUGUGUCCUUAAACAAUUCCUCUUCAUAUAGCAUUCAAUCUUAUAGUUCCAUGCACUUUUAAAGAUUUCAAUUCCUGGUGUAUAUCAAUAGGGAUAUACAUCAAACCUAGAUCUAUAUGUAAUUGCUAGUUCCACUUGAAGCAGAUGGAUGAAAUUAGUGGAACCUACAUAGGUUCCCACUGAUACAGCUGGGUCUAACCACUGCAUUUCAACCACAGAUAUUUUAGACUUUUGCAUUAAUCAUGGCACAGAGAAAGUAAUAGCACUUGUGUUCUUUUAUUACUGUGUUUCAAAUAAAUACUAAUUUCUUUUCAUAAUGAA